AUGGUAGUGAUGGAGGGGGAGGGGGCCCGCGGCUACAGCGCCGCGGGCCACCAACCCCGCGCCGCGCCCGGCCCUCCCCCGCGCCCCUCACCUCCCGGCCACCACCAUCUUCCCCGCCCGGCAGCCUCCUCCCUCCCUCUUCUCGCGCCUGCCCGCCGCCCACCCCAGCGCACUAGUUACCGUGCCCCGCGCCCCCUCCCGGGCCGGCUGGGGGGAGGGGGUGACCCUCAUUACACUGGGGCGCGAGCGGAGCGGUGGGGAGAGAGAGGAGCCGCUCGCCGCACCCCCCUCCCCCCGCGUCUCUCUUCAGGGGAGAAGGCAGCAAGCGCGACCUGCCCCGGCCUAUUCCGCCGCCGCCUCCUCCACCUCCUCACACCCCCACCGCGCGCGCCCCCGCCGCGGCGCGUGCCACUGAGCGCCUCGCGCCGGCCCGCGUGCGGCUGGGGCCCCGAGUGCGCGCGCACCCCUUCCCCCACCGCGCGCGCGCUCCCUCGCCUCACUCUUCGGGGUUCAGGGCGGGUGAAGUCGGCCUCGCGAGCGCGCCGCCCAAUCAGCGGAGCCGCCGCCACCGCCCCCUCCCCUCCCCCCCGCGCGCCCGCUCGAGGCCAGGGCCUACGGGCCGGCCCGGCUGCCCGGGCGGGGCCUGAGGAGGGCUCCCCUGGGGCCUCGCGCGCUUCCCCGGAGUGUCGCGGCCUGCGGGCGUCGUGGGUGGCACUCCGAUCCCCUCACCUACCUCUGGGCGCUGCGCCGGCCCUGAGCUGCACAGGGCUCCAGCACCCUACCCUUCUCGAGCCCCGGCCCUGGCGACACCUGGCCCGGCUGAGGCCUGUCCGACCUCCCGCUCGGGAGUCCCGCUCGGGCCCGCGCCCGAGGCCCGCAAGGCUCGGGGCUGGUUCGUCCGGGGCGCCGCGGGCAGCCGCCCUAGAGCAGCGUAGGCCGGGCCCGGGACUCGCCCUGCGGUCCCCACGGCCCCUCACCCACCGCCCCUUUCCUCCCCCUCCCUCCCAUUACUCUCCCUCCCCCUGCCCGGCCGUGCGGGGUGCGCGGCUCCGGGGAGCCGGGUCGGGUUACCCGCCCGGGCACUGCCCGCCGGGCCGCGGCCUUGACAGGGGGGGGCUGAAGCCGGGCGACCCCCGCGCUAAGCCCACCCCCCGCACCCGAGCCGGGCUGCAGCCUCCCAGCGCGCCCGCACUUCGGCCUGCCGCCGUGCGGCCCCCGCCCUGUGAGGCCGAGCCCCCAACCCGGGCACCGCUGGGACGAAGCUCCCUUCACCACCCCCGGGCCCAGGGGUCCUCGCUGCCUCGGGCGGGGCGAGGGGAACCCCGGGGGAGGGGUCCACUAAUCCCUGCGCCGCCUCCCCGCGCCGGGUCUGGGUCUGGGCCUGGCACGGGGGCUCGGGCCGCGGGCACGGGCGGGUGUGGAUGGCCCUCUCGUGCCACCGCCGCCCCGCGCGGGCCGCCUGCUCCGCAGCCCGGCUCCCGGGGGAGCGCGCGCCUCGCCCCAGUGGGCCCGGCGUCGCGACCCGGGCGGUACUGGGCCGCGAGGACGGACCGCCGGGCUGGUCGGGCCACAGACAGCCGGCGUAACCCUCGGCUAGGGGCGCUCUGCUUUUGGGCACCCGACACCUCGCGGCCUGCACUCAGCACACGGGGCCCUGCUGCACCGGCCAGGCGCGGCCGCAGCGCUUCCAGUCCGCAAAGACAGCGGAAGAGCCAAAUUGGACCUGACCCCGCCACUCCAUACCCCCCGCCCGGGUCCUUUUCCCCACCCCGGCCCGACCCCGCUGUCCCCAGGGCUUGCUCCCCACAAAAAGCUCACCUCGAGGCCUUCAACCCUGUGACCGGCCCGAGCUGGCGUGGGGCUCGGGGUGCUCCUGCGCCUCCUGCUCCCCAAGGCCCACAGUCCAGCAGUGGAGCCCCACAAAUAAACAAGCCCCCUUGCACACCGUGGGGAAGUGCUGGGAUGGAAGCCCUGACAAGACAGCGAGUGGGCUUUGUUAGAGGGAAAGCGCCCCUUGGAAGCAAAGUGCUGAGGAUGCUAGGACCCCAGGCAGGCUUGUACUCCGAGGAUUCACUCUGCAAAGCCAGCUUGGCAGUGUUCUCUGUGCUAGGACAAGCCAGAGAAGAGCUGGGUCUACACCCCAGGGCCCCACCCUCCAGGGUCCAGCUCUUUGUUCUGCUAAGGAGUCACUCUUGCUAA